AUGGCUGCUGGCUUGCCAUCCUGGUCAGCGUGGGCGAGGCCUCCGAGCACGCCAUCGCCUCGUCGAGGUCAUCCUUCACAGGCCGGCCUGACACCGGCCCCGACAUCCCCCUUGCGACCGGCAGAGGCUUCGCGUCAGUCUCGCCGAGUGCAGGAGACUGGACUUUCAAUGGAUGCAUUCUGUGAUCGCCAUACUCGCAAGGUAUGCCAAAGCCCACCCGUUGAACGAAUAAGACGGAGGUUGUCCACAGAGAGCACCAGGAGUCCAAAGACACCGCAAAGUUCGAAAGUCCCAUGGAGGCCCUCUGGCAACCCUGCUCCGCAGAGGUCGGCAAGCUGCUCUGACGCGCGCCGCGGCAAGGCAGCAGCUCAGGACCGAGCUUCGCGAGUGCGCAGGCCAACUUCACAGUGCAAGUAUGUGGCAGAUGCAGAUGCAGGAGAUGAGGAGACGAAGAUGAAGAUCCUCCAAGCGGAGAAUCGAAACCUCCGAGCUUUGGCAGGAAGGUUGCAGACACAGCUAGCUGCUGUGAAGGAGUGCCUUGAGUGUUGA